CUAUGGACGCGGCGCUGAAGCGGAACCGCCCGGAGGAGCCGGCAGAGCUCCCGCCGUCGGCCCGGGACUUGGAGGAGGAGGACGAGGAAGAGGGGAUGGAACAGGGGCUGGAGGAGGAAGAGGAGGUGGACCCUCGAAUCCAGGGAGAACUGGAGAAGUUAAAUCAAUCCACAGAUGACAUCAACAGACGGGAGACUGAACUUGAGGAUGCUCGUCAGAAGUUCCGUUCUGUUCUGGUGGAAGCAACAGUGAAACUGGACGAGCUGGUGAAGAAAAUUGGCAAAGCUGUGGAGGACUCGAAGCCCUACUGGGAGGCACGGAGGGUGGCGAGGCAGGCUCAGCUGGAGGCUCAGAAAGCCACACAGGACUUCCAGAGGGCCACCGAGGUGCUCCGUGCCGCUAAGGAAACCAUCUCCCUGGCUGAACAGCGGCUGCUGGAGGAUGACAAGCGGCAGUUCGACUCAGCCUGGCAGGAGAUGCUGAAUCACGCCACCCAGAGGGUCAUGGAGGCGGAGCAGACCAAGACAAGGAGUGAGCUGGUACACAAGGAGACGGCGGCCAGGUACAACGCGGCCAUGGGCCGUAUGCGGCAGCUGGAGAAGAAGCUCAAGAGAGCCAUCAACAAGUCCAAGCCCUAUUUUGAACUCAAGGCAAAGUACUACGUGCAGCUUGAGCAACUGAAGAAGACUGUGGAUGACCUUCAGGCCAAACUGGCCCUGGCGAAAGGCGAGUACAAGACGGCCCUGAAGAACCUGGAGAUGAUCUCAGAUGAGAUCCAUGAGCGGCGGCGCUCCAGUGCCAUGGGGCCUCGGGGCUGUGGCGUGGGGGCUGAGGGCAGCAGCACGUCUGUGGAGGACCUGUCAGGGAGCAAGCCUGAGCCGGAUGCUGUUUCUGUGGCCUCCGAGGCCUUUGAAGAUGACACCUGCAGCAACUUCGUAUCAGAAGACGACUCGGAAACCCAGUCGGUAUCCAGCUUUAGUUCAGGGCCCACAAGCCCAUCGGAGAUGCCUGACCAGUUCCCUGCAGCUGUGAGGCCUGGCAGCCUGGAUCUGCCCAGCCCCGUGUCUCUGUCAGAGUUUGGAAUGAUGUUCCCGGUACUGGGCCCUCGCAGCGAGUGCAGUGGAGCCUCCUCCCCUGAGUGUGAGGUGGAACGAGGAGACAGGGCAGAAGGGGCAGAGAAUAAAACAAGUGACAAAGCCAACAACAACCGAGGCCUCAGCAACAGCAGCGGCAGUGGCAAGAGCCAAAGUAGCACCGCCCGCGAGGGCCAGGCCUUGGAGAACAGGAUGAAACAGCUCUCCCUCCAGUGCUCGAAGGGAAGAGACGGGAUUAUUGCUGACAUAAAAAUGGUGCAGAUUGGCUGAUCCAUCCAAAGCCCUGGCCCAAGUGCAUAGCAGUAUUUAUACACAAAACUGUAUGGAGAACAUUGUGCCAAUAAUCAUUUAAUAUAUGCCAAAUCUUAAGCGUUUACUCUAAACUGCACUAAUGAAGUUGUGACCUUGAGGGCUUAAGAGUUUUCUUCUGGGAGAGAGCUCUUGGGCUGGUUUUUCAGAGCAGAGGCGUUGUUGCAGUGGACUGUGACCAGGGUCACAGCCUUUGUGGAAUAUUACCCGUAACAGUGUUAUGGAAGCAAUAACUAGUUCCUGUGAAAGAACCCAAGCCAGGAAAGGGCCUGGGAAGCUGAGCCAAACUGGGGUCAACAGCUUGCUUCUCUUUCCCUUCUUUGACCCUCAAUUUGGGAAAAUGGAGAUGGUGUCUCCUUUAUAUCCCAGGGGAUCGAAAUGAAAAAAAAAAAAAGAACAAACUCAAAUAUUCAGAACACACCUUUCUGGGCCAGCGAAGGCUUAAAAAAAAAAAAAAAGAAA